AGAGCGGCGCUAUGCAUGCCGGGAAAUGCAAUCCGCGCCUGCCCCCGAGAGCGAGGCGCUUUCCCCCGGGGUGGAGCGGCGCGACGCCGCACUCCAAGUCCCAUGGUGCCUCGCGGCAGGACUCCAAGCCCCAGGGUGCAUUGCCGCCACUAUAACUUCCGGGUGCAGGCCGCGCCUGCGCUGGGCUGGGUGUCGCUAGAGGACGCCGCCAUGGCGCUGCGCUCCCGGCUGUACAGCGUGUUCUUCCGCCGCACCUCCACCUUCGCCCUCACCAUCGUGCUGGGGGCCCUCGUCUUCGAGCGCGCCUUCGACCAGGGCGCGGACGCGUUCUACGAGCGCCUGAACCACGGGAAACUGUGGAAACACAUCAAGCACAAGUAUGAGACACAAGAAAAGUGAAGUGAGAGCUGCAGGAGCCAUGCAGGGGUGCCUGUAUCCCCGUUUGCAAUUCUUCAGUUGCCUGAUACCAGUUACCAAGAAUGAAAAUGGGCUUCUGACUGAAGAAAUCUGAGCCAGAGUACAUCACCAACUUCAUCAAGGUUUCUGCCACAGAUGGACUUAAGGAUUUACUCCUGCUGUGUUAAAAUGUUCUGUUAAACUAAUAAACUCACUAACCAAUA